UUUGCCUGACGCCUGAUGGAGGAGGGAGGAGGCGGGACGCAGUUUUCGCUGAAGGAUGAGGGAGGUAUGGCUGAGAACUGACAGCUAUUUGCCUGAGGGAGGAGGCGGGACACCGUUUUGGCUGAAGGAUGAGCGAGAUCCAUGAGCACUAGUGAAGUGUAUCAUAUCGAAAUCUAAAAACAUGGCAAACUGUGAGAAAGGGCUACAACAAGUCAGGGAUGUAAUUGCAGCUGCUCAUGAAGACUGCUCUCUCUUGGAAAAACUACAGUUUUAUGACCGGUGGUCUACACAGUACGAGGAGGAUGUAUCAAUCUUGGACUAUAAAGCUCCACAUUUGGCUGCUCUUGCAUUGGCCUCAGUGUGUCAGUUAAACCGAGAGUCGAAGCUUGUGCUAGAUGUAGCGUGUGGAACUGGACGUGCAGCUGAAGAGCUACAGCGCUGUGGCUUUAACCUGUUUCAUGGUUUGGAUGGCAGUGCAGGAAUGCUGGAAGUUGCAAAGAAGAAAGGAUUGUAUCAACAGUUGAAGCAGAACAUGUUGGGGCAGACACAAUUUCCAUAUGACUCUGAAAAGUAUGAUGCAGUUAUGAUAGUAGGAGCGCUCAGUGAUGGACAGGUCCCUGUGUCAGUAAUUCCUGAACUGCUCCGUGUCACGAAACCAGGUGGCUUUGUGUGCAUGACCACACGUUGUAAUAUCUCUAACCUGAGAUACAAAGCUAAACUUGAAGAAGAAAUGUCUUCUUUACAAAACAAAGGACUCUGGGAACAGGUCUUGAUCCAAGAAGUGGAGCAAUGGGAGAAGGCCACAUCAGAAAAGGAAAUUACUCAUAAAUCAGAUUAUAUCCCUGGAGUCAUAUACAUUUAUAGAAAAAUGCUAACUCCUUCUAUUGUCAGUUGAUACAGUUGCUAUAUCGCUUUACAUUAAUGGUUAUAUUUUGGUUACUUUUCAGUCAAUAAAAGUUUUCAAAUUCACAUUUCAUAUACCCGAUGGAAAUACUGUUGGUGUAUCUUUACAAGGGCCCAGUAGGCAGGACAGCCUUUACUGGCCUUUUUCAGUCUGGCCAGAAAAUUGGAUACGGGGCAAAAAUGAGUCACUAUCUGACUCCGGUCGAUUAAUUUAAAUGAAUGAGAUCAGGGCCGGGUCCGUCUGGGAUAUGGGAGCCCAGUUUUCCCAUUUCCAACCAGAUCCGGUCCCCAUAUGGACGAAAUGUAGUGUGAAUGCAGCCAAAGA